AUGGAUUUUACUCAGAAGUCAUCGUGUCCAUCUAAUAGUACUAGUCUAGAAUGUGUCCAACAUCCGGGAAAGAAACUGGAGUACUUUUGCAUUGAUCAUGAUGCCAUCUGUUGUCGAGACUGUUUGGCUAAGACACACAAAUCAUGUGACAAAACCGUGUCAUUAGAUACUGCAGCAGAGCAUGUAAAACAGUUGGAUAUCUUUACUGACUGCAAGGACAGGUUGCUCGCUUAUAUAAAAACGAUAGAUAGCAUUUUGAAAAACAGAGACAAAAACUUGAAUGAUAUAGAAAUAAUCGGAAAGACAAUAAUGGCUGAAAUAAAGAGCAUUAAAGACAAACUGAUUAAACGCAUCAAUGAAACUGAGAAAACCAUGAUUAGCAACAUAAAAACGAUGAUAGAAGAUGAAUCAAAAAACCUUCAAAGCGAAAAUGCCCAAGUGAUUAAUUUGCAACAGACAGCUGAGUUAUACCAAAAAGACAUAAUUUUUGUAACAGAAAAAGUCCUCGAAAUACCUUCAUUUAUUUUCAUCAGUAAAAUCAGGGAUACUGUUUUACAAAUAGAACACGACCUGCAGAACAGACUUCAGAAUUUGAAGGACGUAAUGAUAGAAUUUCGAGAACCCUAUGGAUUAUCAAACAUUGAAUCGUUUGGAAAUGUUACAGUUAAACGAGAACCUUCACCUGUAUCGUUUCAUCCACCAAAACAACGACAGGCACAAAAAUUAUUUGUACAAUCGACAUGUCAGACUUUUGAGUUGGAAAGAAAAACUGAUGUCGCCGGUAAAACAAUCACGGGAAUGGCCAUUACUGCUGACAAUAAACUACUUUUGUGUGAUUAUGGAAGUUGUGAUGUUUGGUGUAUAAUGAAAUGA